AUGCAAUUGGGAAAGUUGUAAAUCAUUCAGUUUGAACCCAUUGAUUUAGAUAACUCCAGAAUUAAGCCUUUAUUUACAUUGAUGAUCACAAUAAAUUUUAUUCAUUUAUUUGAUUAUUUUAUUUAUUAUUUAAAUAUAUAAACCCAGUCUUAACAAAUUUUUCAUCAAAUCGUUUCCAAACUGGAAUUAUAACUGCAAAUCCUAUUAGACCAUUUAUCAUCAUUAAAACUUACUUUCUCAUAGAAAAAUAUUGAAGAUGAAGAUUUUGAUGAAAAAAUUAAACAUCUCAUGAUCAAAUCCAUUAAGAACAUGUGUCAUUAAAUUAAAAACUCAAAAUAAAUGCACAUUAACAUUUAAGAAUAGAAUAGAUCAAUAGAUUUAUUUAUGACAAAAAGACAAACAACAAUAAAAUUAAUUAAUCAGGCUUGUGCCUUGUAGCUCAAUUAUUAUUAUGUUAAAUAUUGCAAGAGAGGAUUUCCGGUAUAAUCUAUAAUCUUCAAAGAAGGAGUUAUCAAAAGUCUAAAUUUAAAACGAAAUGGAAAACUACCCAAGGAUUUCCCCGUAGAUUAAAGAAAACGGAAUUUCAAGGAUUGUUUAUUUCAGUUGCUGACAAAUAUCUUGCAGAAAAAAUUGUUUUAUUCCUUCGAUAAGUGUUCAAAUGAUAUAAAGAACUUAUAGUAGGUUUAGAAGUGUUGA